GAUACGCCUCAUCCUGUUUUCUCGUACUGGAGUGGUAUGGCGAAAUUUGGUGUUUAGCUUUUACGGUGUAGCAUUGACUUAAAUUUAGUCACAAUGGCUUCGCCCAAAUAUUGAGGUAAUUGUGAGCUUUCAGCUAGAGUGACAUCGUGGUGGGCUGAUUCAUCUUUCAAUUUAAUUCUUAUCAAUUAGUAAAUUAACGGAUUAAGAGAUCAUCGAGUAGUUUUGGAUCCAUAUGACACCUGCAAUGUCAGACUGUCUGACAGACGAGCAGCAGAGGAGGAUAGAGGAGAAUCGACAGCGAGCUCUGGCAAGGAGAGCUGAGAGACUAGCCCAGUCACAACAGAAGCACUAUGGCCCUCCAACUGGACAGAGUGACCCUUGUGUCCCUGCACAAUCCAAAGGUCCAGCUAUAGGGUCAGGUGCUAACCCACCAAAGCUACUGAAACAGACUGCCAGUCUCCCACAGACUAAUGUGGGAGGCCACAGUGCACUGCAAGGAACAGAGGAAAAGGCAAGCAGAGAGACACUACAAGCACCUUGGGCUUCCCAAAUAAAAGGUAAUGGCAUCUCAAAGUUAAAUGCUCUCAACAAAAUGGACUCCAAGGAGGAGUCCUCUACAGCCCUUAAUUCCAUUGAAACGAAGACUGAGAUGGCAGCACAGGAAGCAGCUGGCUCAGGCACACAAGCGACCAAGUUUUAUGGGACAGGGGUGAAACUGAAAGAAAUUGUCCUCAGCUCUGAGCAAAUUUCUGCUACCAUUAAAGACAAUGCAAGCACUAUGGCUACAAAGAAACCUGCCUGUCUGGUGAAAGGAAAGUGUGUUGCACACACAUCUGAGCGAUUUCGAGUAGAAGUGAGCUAUAAUGCAGACCUCAUCAUGGUGUUCAAGAGCAUGUCCUCCAGGAAUUAUGAUCCAGCAACAAAGAUGUGGAAUUUUAACCUGGAAGACUACACUAAUUUGAUGGAGGAGGUGAACAAGCUUCCCUUUGUGGCGCUAACACCCCUCGAAGGAAUGGAAAAUGUGGAUGUCAAGGCAGCAGUGGGCAAGUCAAGAGAUGCUGCUGCCCUGGGCGCCCUCCUGAAGUUAUGCAGCAACUGGCAGAAGCCUGGUGCCACAACUCGGGGCCAUUGUGUGCUGGUGUCGCGCACUCGCUUUGAGGUGGAGGUAGGCUACCAGGUGGAUGUCAUUGCUGCCUUCAAGCAGAUUCGUUCCAAAAGCUACGACAUGAAGACCAGAAAGUGGAAUUUUCUCUUGGAGGAUUACAAGGAGCUAAUGGAAACCCUGUCCAGAAUUCCAGCUGUGGAAGUGGAGCCACUGCCUCGCGCUGUGCUGCAGACCUUCAGCCCCCAGUUUGAGCGGAGUGUUUCCAGCUUACCAGAGAUUCCUGAGGCGGACUUGUCUUCUGUCGACUCUAGCCUGACACGUAGCCUCAUGCCCUUCCAGAGAGAGGGGGUCAACUUUGCAAUAUCAAGGGAAGGCCGCCUGCUCCUGGCUGACGACAUGGGCUUGGGGAAGACUGUACAGGCUAUUUGUAUAGCAGCAUACUACAAGAAGGAGUGGCCCCUGCUGAUAGUGGCCCCCUCGUCUGUGCGUUUCACCUGGGCAGAGGCGUUUCGGAGAUGGCUGCCCUCUGUGAACGCAGACCGCAUCAACGUCAUAGUGAAAGGCAAAGACAGCCUGAGCUCCGGACUCAUUAACAUCAUCAGCUAUGACCUCCUCAGCAAAAUGGAUAAGCAGCUGCCAGCGACCUCCUUCCGCAUCCUCAUAAUAGAUGAAUCCCAUUUUCUCAAAAACAUGAAGACUGCUCGCUGCAAAGCUGCUCUGCCUCUCCUUAAGGUUGCCAAAAGGGUGAUCCUUCUCUCAGGCACUCCAGCCAUGUCCAGACCAGCAGAACUCUACACGCAGAUCCUGGCUGUGCGACCCUCCUUCUUUCCACGGUUCCAUGAGUUUGGGGCACGCUAUUGUGAUGCCAAACAGCUUCCCUGGGGCUGGGAUUACUCGGGCUCCUCUAACCUGGGCGAGCUGAGGCUCCUGCUGGAAGAGUCAGUGAUGCUGCGCCGCCUCAAAUCCGACGUGCUCUCUCAGCUCCCCGCCAAGCAGCGCAAGGUGGUAACUGUGACCACCGACGGGAUCGCUGCCCGGGCCAAGGCUGCGCUGGCGGCUGCCGCCAAGGAGAUGGCCAAAGGGCACAGAAAUAAGCAGCAAGAGAAGGAAGCUCUAUUGAUCUUCUACAAUCGUACUGCAGAGGCAAAAAUCCGGGCCAUUGUGGAGUAUGUUAUAGAUCUACUGGAAAGCGGCCGAGAGAAGUUCCUGGUUUUUGCACACCAUAAGCUUGUUCUUGACAGCUUAACGAAAGAACUGGGAGAUAAGGGGAUCAGCUAUAUCAGAAUUGAUGGCUCUACAUCCUCAGCAGAUAGACAGAGCCUCUGUCAACACUUCCAGUACUCUACAAAGAGCUGUGUGGCAGUGCUCUCCAUUACUGCUGCCAACAUGGGACUGACACUUUCAUCUGCUGAUCUGGUGGUCUUUGCUGAGCUUUUUUGGAACCCAGGGGUCCUGAUCCAGGCAGAAGAUCGAGUCCACCGUAUCGGACAGACCAGCAGCGUUAACAUUCACUACUUGGUGGCCAAAGGGACUGCGGAUGACUACCUCUGGCCCAUGAUCCAAGGGAAGAUGAAUGUCUUGGAGCAGGCUGGUCUAUCAGAAGCCAACCUUUCUGAGAAUGCUGAGUCUGCCAGUUUCUGCUGCAAGCAUGACAUUCAGCAGUUCAGUCAAGUCUGUGAGGAAUGCUAAAUCCAGAAGCCACUGGUCAUCCUCCAAUUAGGCAUUUUCACCAUGUUUAGAUGACUUGAGAAACUCUUUGAUUUCCAGCUGUCUGAACUUCGCCAAAAAUGUUUGUUUUUGAAAUUUCCAAAUAGCCAAGUCAGCAGCCUUAAGCAAACACUUUUUUAAUACUUCUCGAUCCCUGAAUGAUUUUUUGUGUUUAGCCAGGACGUGGUUCACACAGAACGAUGCGAUGAUUGCGCUUUCCUUCUUGUAUUAGGCCUCAUGAAAACUCGUGAAAACCAACUGCUGCUAGUUGAGAUUUUAAUUUUUCCACUUUUCUUUUCCAUAACUCACUAUUAGCGAGAAAGACCACAUCACACGUUUUGUGUGCAGUUUUGAAAUGUUGUUCUAUAUUUCCGUUUUUCACUUAGACACUAGCAUCACAUAUUUGAAUGCGAUAGUACAAAAAAAAAUCAUGCUCCCAUUCCUUGUGGUAAAGGUAAGUUUUUGGUCUCUUUGCUUCAUUUUUGCUCAAAUACUACAAUCAAAUAGGCAAUCAAACUUAUCAAACUGUUGGCGAAUUUAUCACGGCUAGUUUGUUUCACUCCACGAUGCACUGUAGCGAAUGUGGGGUUCGUGUGGCAAAUACCAAGAGACCGUUCUUGGGUAGCACACAUGACACUCUUUAUUAUGGAGCUCCUGUAGCCAUUUUUCCAGUGUCAGCCAGCACUCCGGGGAAGAGUUUUACAACCCAUUCAACAAGAGUUAAACACAUACAAGGGCAGUAAAAUGUAUGACAUUACAUGCACAGAUCUGAAUUAAUUUUUAGGCUGUCAAAAAAAGAAACAGUCAAAUAGCCCAUUUAUUUUUGGCCAAACAUUCUUGCAAUCCAUCGACUGGGAAGCACUCUGGGAUCGACUGGUUGGGCACCCCUGCUUUACAACAUAUGUAGAUCUUCAGAUCAAGCACCAUCAUGCUACUGAGUAGAGAAAACUAUAAACUAAUUUAUAUAUCAUCCCCUUUUUUUCCUGAAUAUAUGGGCCAUGUUCUAGAACAAAGCUGUCAGAAUGUCUGUAUCGCCAUUAAAAAGAAUGAAUCGUUCACAAAGUGUACAGCUUUGCAGACAUUUAAGAUUAUUCAUCAAGGUCUUUACCUUGAAUAUAAUAUAUUCAUAUGAGUGAGAUAAAUACUUCAUACGGCUCUUUGUUUCCCAUAACAGAACUGUAUUCAUAUGUAUUCUAAGUGAUUACUAAAAAUGGCCUAAUGGAAUUUUAUCUCAAAGCCUUGCCUUGUGUCACUUGCACAAAGGUUUGUUGUGCAUCAAAUACAUGUUUCUACACAGACAUUUGGACUGCUGUGAACAUGAUUUUGAGCCAGUACAUGCCUUAGACAUAGCUUGCAGUGUGGAAUUGAACAGUGUUUUAUUAUAUCAAUAUUAUUUUGACAGGAUUUUGCAUGUACUCAAAGCAUAAGCUGAACAUAUCACAUAAGAUCACACAGGAUUUUGCAUGUACUCAAAGCAUAAGCUGAACAUAUCACAUAAGAUCACUGUAAAGUGUUUUUCUUAUUUUGAAGCAGAUGAAUUUAAAUCAAAUGGCUAAUGAAAUUAUCCAAGUUCACAUCAGCAAUGGAUCAUAUCACCUAUACUUGUUGCUCCCUACUG